GGAUCCGGAAUAUUCCAUUGCUCUCUCGAUCGUCCCGUUCAAGUAUCGUAGAAUACCCUUGGCAGCGGAAACAUGCAGUGGCUUUGGACUAUCCAUCAAUCGGCUGACUUCUCCCACUGCAGAUGAAAUGUCUGGGCUAGUCACAAUCGCAACAAACAUAAGCGAUCCUAUCAAUCUACCAUCUAACAACAUUUAUAAAUCUUCCAAAAGGAAUGCUCUUGGAUUACCCGCUUCGGAGAGAUCGCUUUUUGCUUCUAAGCGAGAAAUAACGGACACUUGUAUUACAUCCCCACUUACACUUUCUUUCACGGCUUAUAUUGAUUAA